CGACCUUCCUGAAUAGAAUAAUAAUAAUCGAUGUUUCGCCGUGUGUGAGCAUAAAUGUGCAACAAGUAAGUUUAUUUAAAGCUAUUGAUAUGGCCAUGUCUAGCAUUUUAUUAAUGCGUAAAGGUCUUUCAGUAAAUGGUUUUAGAAGUUUAUGGACUUGUAGAGUUUUAUUCAAUGAUCAAAUUAAAAAUGAUACACAAAAAUCAAAUCAGAAAUAUAAAAAUAAUGAAAGUGAAGAAGAAUAUGAGAAAAAUAUCAAAUCAAAAAUUCUUGAUGCAUCUUUAAAAUAUGUUCAUGAUCUAGGAUGGAGUCAUAAAGCCAUCAGUGCUGGUGCUGAGUCUAUUGGGUAUCCUGGGAUAAUUCAUGGAUUAUUCCCUAAUCGAGGAGCAGAUUUGGUUCAAUAUUUCUACUUAACAUGCAACAAAAAGUUGAAUAACAUCCUUAAAGAACAAACUCUUGCAAAUCAAGAAAAUCCUAAAGAAACAAAAACACUACUAUUAGAAGCACGUAAUGCUGUUGAGACAAGGCUUAGAAUGGUGAUUCCUUAUAAAAAAACAUGGCCACAGGCUUUAGCUCUCAUGUCUCUUCCACCUAAUGUACCAAUGUCAUUAGCUAAUUUACUUACUUUAGUAGAUGAUAUUUGCUAUUAUGCUGGUGAUAGAUCAGUUGAUAUAAACUGGUAUACUAGAAGAAUAGUACUAGCAGGUAUUUAUAAAACUACGGAAUUAUACAUGAUACAAGAUAAUAGUGAAGAUCAUCAAAAAACUUGGCAUUUUUUGGAUAGACGAAUUAAAGAUGCCACACAAAUUCAAAUGAUUCUAACAACAACUUCUGAUAUGGCUUUACCAGAUCAAGCCUUAAAUCGUGCUACUGAAGCUGCAACUGCUGCUUUUGUUACAGCACGCAAUAUACUUGGAUUGAAUUGGAAUAGGUAGAAAACAAAUAAUUAAUAUUAUAUAAUACUUUAUGGUAUUAAUUAUUACUAGAUUACUAAAAUAAAAACAUGGAAUAUAAAUUCAUUUGUUACAAAUGAAAAUUUAUCAAAAGAAUUUAUGUACAGAGUUUAUUUAGUAAUGGUAUUAAAAAAAAACAUUAAAAAGAAUUAAUAAUCAUGGCUAAUUUAUUUUGAUAUUAUAUUUUAACAAGAUCUGUACAUUUGAGAUUGAAUUUAAUAUAUGCGAUUUAUUUCUGUGCAAGAUAGAAAGAUAUAAACUGUUAGAAAUAUAGAUUUAAUAAUAUUUAACAAUUACCCUGCAAUAUUGUCAUAAUUAAAAUAAUAUAUUCUUAUGUUUUAUACAAAAUUAUGUUAAAUCUAUUGAACAAGAGAUUAAUUUUCAUUCUUACUAUUCAAUUGAGCAGGAAAUAUUUUACUAUAAAAAAUGUAUUUACAAACACACCACACAGCCAAGUACUUCAUGAAAUUGUUUAAAUUGUUUAAACUUUGAAUUACAUUAAAAUAUAUAAUAAUUAUAUAUA